AUGGCGGAAAGGAACCCAGUCAACAUAGGUGAGGUGCCAUUGGUGCUACUAGGCAAGACGCCAUGGGCGUCCUCGAGCGAGGUGCCAUGGGCACUGUAUGGCGAGCGGGUGGAGGCUUCAUCUAGCGAGGCUGAUCGUGGAGCAAGCAUGACAGAAUUGGUGCUCCUGGGUGUUGGACAAGGAUCGACGAGCGCAAGGGUAGCCUUGCUAGGCACUGGGCGUGGCCAGGCAAGCACGCAGGCAGCGCCGGUGAACACUAGGUGCGACCAGGCGAGUGCGCAAGCGUGGCUGGGCACUAGGUGUAGCCAGGUGAGCAUGCAGGCGACACAUGGCGACAGGAGUUGGGCACGGCGGCAGGAGUUGGGCACGGAGCCAUGGAGCAUGGUCAUGGAGUUAUGGAGGGGAGUACGCUGGGAGAUGUUGGUAUUUCUAGUGGCAACAGUUCUGGUCAAACGGCGGAUGGUAUGGUUCGUUCAGGUGGAAAUGUUUCUCUUUGCCUUCACAACAACAAAUAUCGAGGAAAGGUAA